UUAUUGUCAUUAUUUUCACUUUCGGUUUUUUCUUUCUCAUCUCUCAUUGUUAUCCUCUUCAACCCCUUGUGCGGAUGAAAUUUGGGAAAGAGUUCACGACCCACUUGAAGGAGACUCUCCCGGAGUGGAGGGACAAGUUCCUCUGUUACAAGCCCCUCAAAAAACUCCUCAAACAAUUCCUUUCUUCCUCCGAUUUCCAACUCCCACCGCGGCAGCCGCCGCCGCUGGCUACCCCUUCCGUCGAUCGUCAUCAUCAUGGUCAUGAUCAUCACGACAAUGUUCCUCCCUCCUUGCUGCUUCUCCAACAUUGGUUUGUGAGAAUUCUCAAUGAAGAGCUUGAAAAGUUCAAUGAUUUUUUCGUUGAUAAAGAGGAAGACUUUGUUAUUCGCUUUCAGGAGCUGAAGGAAAGAAUCGAGCGAGUUAAGGAGAAAAGUGGUGGAGUUUUUUCCUCAGAAAGUGAAUUUAGUGAAGAAAUAAUGGACAUUCGCAAGGAGUUUGUCACUAUUCAUGGAGAGAUGGUUCUCCUAAAAAAUUAUAGCUCCCUAAAUUUUGCAGGGCUAGUUAAAAUUUUGAAGAAGUAUGAUAAAAGAACUGGGGGACUGUUACGUCUACCGUUCACGCAACUAGCACUUCGUCAACCUUUCUUUACUACGGAAUCUCUCACAAGGUUAGUCCACGAGUGUGAGGAGAAUCUUGAGCUACUCUUCCCGUUGGAAGAGGAAGUCAUUGAACCUCCCCCUACCGCGCCAGAUGUAUCCAAACUGCCAGCAAAUAACACUGCAAAUGUCCCAGCUGACACUUCAACUCUUGGGGAAGAAACCUUGGAUGUAUAUAGAAGUACCCUUGCCGCAAUGAAAGCAAUACGAGGCCUUCAAAAAGCCAGCUCGACCUCCAAUCCAUUGUCUUUCUCAUCUCUAUUUAGGAUCCAAGACGAUGAAAGUGUUGGUGCUGUAACAGCCGAGAACUCUGCUUCAAAUUCUUCUCCCACAAAAGAUGGGGAGGUUAAUCAAGAUGAUGAUACCCACUCCACAUGACAGAAUCACUCGGUUUGUUGUUGCAUCUUCAUAUUGCUUUUUCUUUUAAACAUCUUGUAAUAGGUUGAAACUAAAUAAUGAUUGGCACUCAAAUGUAAUGAAACAAUUGAGUCAACCGAAAAAUGUUUAUUGCAAUUAAUUUCGAAGUUUCGUUUUGGUA